UACAUUACAAAUAAAAUCAAGAGAGCUCCUGGGUAAUAAUCUACCCACCACUCUAUGUUUCGAAGCUCAUGUAAUAAUCAACCAGCUCGAGAAGACACACAGAGUCAUAUACAUGUUCGCUCAGUUCUUUACAGAAUUUGAAUUUUUCCAAAUUGAAAGCUCUGAUAUAUGCUUCUUCUUCGCUAUAAAGAACCCUAGGGUUUUGUUAUUUAUUGGUUGAGUUUGAGGCGAAAUUGAAUGGCGAGUGUGUACAUUCCAGUACAAAAUUCCGAGGAGGAAGUUAGGGUAUCAUUGGACCAACUCCCAAGGGAUGCUUCUGACAUUCUUGACAUUCUCAAGGCUGAACAAGCUCCUCUUGAUCUCUGGCUUAUUAUCGCUAGGGAAUAUUUUAAACAAGGGAAAAUCGAUCAGUUUCGACAAAUAUUGGAAGAAGGUUCUAGUCCAGAGAUUGAUGAAUAUUAUGCAGACGUGAGGUAUGAGAGGAUCGCCAUUCUAAAUGCAUUGGGUGCAUAUUAUAGUUAUCUUGGGAAGAUUGAGACGAAACAAAGAGAAAAAGAGGAGCACUUUAUUAUGGCAACUCAAUAUUAUAAUAAAGCAUCUAGAAUUGACAUGCACGAGCCCUCUACUUGGGUUGGAAAAGGUCAGCUUUUACUUGCCAAGGGCGAUAUAGAGCAGGCAUUUGCUGCUUUCAAGAUUGUACUUGAUGGAGAUCGUGAUAAUGUUCCUGCUCUCCUGGGUCAGGCCUGUGUUCAGUUUAGCCGUGGACGAUAUUCUGAUUCACUGGAGCUAUAUAAGAGGGCCUUGCAAGUUUAUCCAGAAUGUCCUGCUGCGGUAAGGCUCGGAAUAGGUCUCUGUCGAUACAAGUUGGGCCAAGUGGAAAAGGCAAAGCAGGCUUUUCGUCGUGUAUUGGAGUUAGACCCAGAGAAUGUGGAGGCUCUGGUGGCACUAGCAAUUCUGGAUUUGCAAAACAAUGAUGCGUCUGGUAUUAGGAGAGGAAUGGAAAAGAUGCAAAGAGCUUUCGAGACAUAUCCCUACUGUGCAAUGGCUCUAAAUUAUCUGGCCAAUCAUUUUUUCUUCACUGGUCAGCAUUUUCUAGUGGAGCAAUUGACUGAGACUGCACUUGCUGUAACCACACAUGGGCCAACUAAGUCUCAUUCGUACUACAAUUUGGCACGCUCAUACCACAGCAAGGGUGACUAUGAGAAAGCUGGAAUGUACUACAUGGCAUCUGUAAAAGAAAGCAAUAAGCCGCAUGAAUUUGUAUUACCCUAUUACGGAUUGGGACAAGUACAGCUGAAGUUGGGAGAUCUUCGGAGUUCGCAGGCAAACUUUGAGAAAGUUUUGGAGGUUUACCCUGAAAGUUAUGAGACAGUGAAAGCUCUUGCACACAUUUAUGUGCAGCUUGGCCAGACAGAGAAAGCUCAGGAAUACUUGAAGAAAGCCACUAAAAUUGAUCCUCGUGAUCCCCAGGCCUUUUUGGAUAUAGGAGAACUGUUAAUCUCAAAUGAUCCUGCUGCUGCUUUAGAAGCCUUUAAAACAGCGCGGAAUUUACUUAAGAAGUCAAAUGAAGAAGUACCAAUUGAGUUACUCAACAACAUUGGCGUCCUCCAUUUUGAAAGGGGAGAAUUUGAGCUUGCUGCACAAAGUUUCAAGGAAGCCCUAGGUGAUGGUAUAUGGCUUAAAUUCCUUGAUGCUAAAGGACAGUCUGAUGAUCCAACUUCUGAAGGGCAUUUAUAUUCCAAUGGUGAAGCACGAUCUGAUAUGUUUAAAAGUGCACAAUAUCCAAUCAAUGCCAGUGAAUCUGUUCAGCAAUACAAGGACUUCCAGCUGUUUCAUAGACUUGAGGAACAAGGAAUUUCUGUGGAACUUCCUUGGAAUAAAGUUUCAACACUCUUUAACAUGGCAAGAUUACUGGAGCAGUUGCAUGACACAGAAACUGCUAGCAUCUUUUACCGCCUUAUCUUAUUUAAGUAUCCAGGUUAUGUAGAUGCUUAUCUGCGGCUUGCUGCCAUUGCAAAAGCUCGAAAUAACGUGCAGCUAAGUAUUGAGCUG